UCUUACCUUACCUUAUCAGUUGUGAAAUCAAGUUUUGCAGCAAUUGCAACGAUAGUUCUUGACACGACAGUGUUUGAUGUUUUUUUAGGCAGGACAUGACAUGUGUAUGAUUACUAGAAACUGUUUAUUGUAAAUGUAUACCUAUAAAUAUAUAACGAAAAUCAAAUGAACUGUUAUGGUUUUGUGAUCAAAUUCAUCUGCAACUAAGAUAUAUAAAACAUAUUUUCAAUGGAGUUGAAAGAACCAAAGAGAAAAAAACGUGCGAGGUCCGAAUUGAAGUCGUCUUUGCCAUUAGUUUUCGGCAGCAAGGGUGAAUUAACACAGUUCCAUGCUACUUUGACGUAUUUGGGAUCGUGCAUUGCCGAUCCCACAGAGAUGGAAAUUGUUUAUAAAAUGGGAUACUUUGGCAAAGGAUCACUGUCCAAGAGUCAUCCUAAAUUUGGUAGGAUAAACUAUGGUGCUCCACCUAUAAUUCGUAAGAGGCAGUGGGAGCGCCGAGAAGAAUGGAUCAAUGAAGUACAAAAGCUCAGCAAAGAGACGUUUUUCGAUGAUGACAUUAAAAAUGAUAAUAGCCAGUCCAGUAAAGAUGAAAUUCAAAAUGCAGAAGAAAAAUCUAGUGAAAUAAAUGAUAUACAGGAAACUUUAAAUAGUAGUUGUGAUACUGAAUCGGUGUCAGUUCCUGAAGCUGAAAGUAACAAAGUGAUAUUAGAAAAAUUAUCAAGUAAUGUUGAAAUCUUAAAUAGUAGUAAACAAAAGAGUGAACACAAUAAUCAAACCAAUGGACAAAACAAUCAAACAGAUAUGGAAAUUGAUGAAGUUGUUCUUGAUUCUAAUGAAGAAGAAGAUAUUUGUGAGAUAUCAAAUGAAAGUUUUAACAUAAAUAGUGAUUUUGAUAAGGAUGAAUUUUUUGGCAAAAGUGAAAGCAAUGAUAAUUACAAUAAGAAUAGUUCAGAGUUACAAGAAAAAGUUUUGGUUUUACCAGACAGUGACUCGGAAACUGAUGAUUAUUUAGUAGACAUUAAACCACAAGUGAAAGAUGAAAAAUUUCCAGUGAGAGAAACUUUGCAUCUUACAUUUGAAGAAACUUUUUUCUUAAUGUAUGGUCUAGGAUGCUUAAGAGUUGUGGAUUUUGAUGGAAAAUAUCUAAGCAUCAAAGAAGUGUGGAACUGUUUUUGUAAAGAUCAAAAAAAUUUCUUGCAAAAAUAUGUUACGUACCAUUAUUUUCGUAGCAAAGGAUGGGUUGUGAAACCCGGUUUAAAAUAUGGCGGAGAUUUCGUACUCUACAAAGAAGGACCACCAUUUUACCAUUCUUCAUACAUUGUAAUAAUUGAUGUCUUGGAUGCAGUCACAUUUAAAAGAAUUGAAAGUAAAGUAGCUAGAAAUAUUACAUGGAAUAAGUUUAUUGGUUUAGAAAGAUUAGCUGAAGCUGUUGGAAAAGAAGUGUUAUUUGCUCAAGUUUUGUGGCCAACAACAGUAUCUACUGAUACAGUUUCAGCUUCUCCAGAUGUACUGUCUCAGUUUACAGUACGAGAAAUUUUAUGGAAAAGAUGGAAAUUCAAUCAAGAUGAGUCGAGUGCUAUAUUGCAAGAAACUGCUGAUGAGUCUAAUGAAGACGAUUAUUCGUCAUAA